AUGUCGCAACUUGCGAGUUUAAAACAAAACCGUGUCCGAUGGUGCAUUACGAAGGUUGUGAAUGGAGAAAGUCACCAAAAACACGUAAUUACAAGUGGAAACAACAUCUUUAAAGUCGAAGCAUCAUUAUCAGAAGCUAACAACGUAAAAUUAUUAUCCGAUAACAACAAAAACUGUAUUUUAACCACUUUGGUUGCCGAUAAUAAAUUAUAUUACUCUUUAAAUCCAAUGGAACAAUACUUGGAAAAUGACGAAUACACAGUGAAACACAAAAGUAACAAUUUGGAAAACAACUAUUUAGCAACCGUGGGAACUCUUACAAGACUUAAUGGUAUGUUUGCUGAAAGGAACCUCAUUAAAAACCCCAAUGCUACUGUGGUGGACAUCGCUUCAUUAAAACAUCUCGCAGACAAAAAUAAUAUGAUCACGAACGAAUUCAAUCUAAAUCCAAAAGGGAUCGAUGAAAAUAUGUUGAAACUAUUGGAAUGCCCGAUUUGCAUGGAUAUAAUGCGUCCGCCAAUUUAUCUGUGCACCACUGGACACAAUAUAUGUGAUUCUUGUCGUAAAAAAGUUAAACAGUGUUCCUUGUGCAGGACUGAGCGGACCCAUGUAAGAAACUAUUUCGUUGAAAAUUUUACCUCCAAAAUGAGAUAUCCAUGUAGGUUUGUUGAAUCGGGAUGUAAAGAGGUCGAUAUUGUUGAUAGAAUAAGAAAACAUGAAGAAUUUUGUAUUUUUAAAGUUUUCGAAUGCCCAAUGCAAGAAUGCUGUCAAGCUGAACAAGAACAAGAACAAGAACAAGAACAAGAACAAGAACAAGAACAAGAACAAGAACAAGAACAAGAACAAGAACAAGAACAAGAACAAGAACAAGAACAAGAACAAGAACAAGAACAAGAACAAGAACAAGAACAAGAACAAGAACAAGAACAAGAACAAGAACAAGAACAAGAACAAGAACAAGAACAAGAACAAGAACAAGAACAAGAACAAGAACAAGAACAAGAACAAGAACAAGAACAAGAACAAGAACAAGAACAAGAACAAGAACAAGAACAAGAACAAGAACAAGAACAAGAACAAGAACAAGAACAAGAACAAGAACAAGAACAAGAACAAGAACAAGAACAAGAACAAGAACAAGAACAAGAACAAGAACAAGAACAAGAACAAGAACAAGAACAAGAACAAGAACGAGAACAGAAACAGUCAAUGAUUAUUCUUUCUAUUUUAUAA